AUGCGUUUCUCCAUCCUCACCGCCGUCGCCUCCAUCUCGGGCGUCCUGGCCGCUCCGCCGCUGUACGGCAGCUCCCGGGCCGACAAGAUCGUCUUUGCCCCGACCGCGCCUCGGGUCGCCAUCGGCGCCGCAGCCGUCAACGCAGCAGCAGCAGCAGCCCCGGUGGCGCGCGCAGCCCCCGCGGCGCCGCGCGUGCAGCAGGCCAAGGAGAUGGUGACGGCGCUCAAGGCGGACGUGGAGGGCGACCUGGCGGACUGGAAGUCGGGCGACGUGGCCAAGAUGAAGAGCAAGAUCGGCACGGUCACGUCAAAGGUGGACAGCGUGUCGUCCAUGGUGUCGAGCAUCCUGGGCGACGUCGAGCUCGGCGGCCUGUCCGAGGCGGACAAGAAGUUUGCGCUGGGCAUGUUUGCCGACGCCCAGGAGCUGGCGAGCGAGGUCGAGAACAGCAUGGGUUCCAUCGACUCUAACAACCGCGCCGCCCUCAAACCCGAGCUGGACAUUCUGCGCCUCGACCUGGGCGGCCUCCUCGGGCCCCUCUUGAACCUCCUCAUGGGCCUCCUAAAUGGCCUCUUGGGCGCCCCCAAAGAGGACCCCGCCGGCAAGCCCGGCGGCGAGAGCGAUGGUCUGCUGGGCAGCCUCCUUGGUGGCCUUCUCGGCGGGCUGGGUCUGUGA